AGCUUGGCUGGUGGUGUUUUGUGAUUUCUCAGAUAACAAGAGCUUCACAUUUCUGUGGAAUUCCCAUUUGCCAGUGAGCUGCUGCUGCUGCUGCCCUGAUUGAUAUAUGACUGCAAUGGCACUUUUCCAUUUGACAUUCUCCCUCUCUCUCCCUCUCUCUCCCUCUCUCUCUUAAACAACAGCCCUAACUUUUGUGUGUUGCAAAUAUAAAAGGCAAGCCAUGUGACGGAGGGACAGAAGAACAAAAGCAUUUGGAAGUAACAGGACCUCUUUCAGCUCUCCAAAGGGUUUGAGGCAAAGGAGGAGUGGUGCAUUUUCCAAAGGCUUUCCAAUGGACCGGACAGCGCUGGUUGUGGAUUAGGACAGAUUUAGCCCGCACUCUUUAUUGGCUGAGAGCUGUGAGGAAAGCCCCGGUGCUUGGCUCUGCUGGGGUGCCCGGGGUAUAUCUGGUAGGCGGCCGGUGACACGGAGCGCGGGUGGCUGUGCCGCCCGGAGCUGGCACGGGAGGAUGCUGCGAGACCCCAGACCGUCCGCUGAAGGAGAGAGGGAGGCUCUCCUCCGCUCCCGGCAGAUCAUUUCCCUGUGUGUCAGCGCCAGAGGCACCAGCAUGACCGUUCUCCGUUUCUCCGGGACGAAGGAAGGAUUUCGCUGCCGUGAGCCCGGUGAGCAAGUGUCAGUGUAGGGGAACUGCGGGGCUCAGGAGCCGACACUGCCCGCAGGAAGAGCCCCGGCUCCUGCUGGGACUCAGCUGUGCAGGAGAUUCUUUGAUGGAUUACAAUCUCGUCAGACUCCAACUUGAGAAGAAGAAUGACAGCUCAGACACUUAAACCAGACCUUCCACCAUCCUGGAAAGGAACUGGCUUCCAGAAUUCGGAGGGUUUUUGAUGCUCUACCUCCCUCUGCUGUUACCAGCGAGAAGUUCCUCGACAAUGGGAAAUCAUGUACUCGCAGCUUCGAUUUCCAUGCUCUCGCUGCUGGUGAUGAUGGGAGACACGGACAGUAAAACAGAGAGCUCCUUCCUCAUCGACUCCGACCCCAGCCGCUGCAUGAGGCACCACUACGUGGACUCCAUCAGCCACCCUCUCUACAAGUGCAGCUCCAAGAUGGUGCUGCUGGCUCGCUGCGAGGGCCGCUGCAGCCAGACGUCGCGCUCGGAGCCCAUGGUGUCCUUCAGCACGGUGCUGAAGCAGCCCUUCCGCUCCAGCUGCCACUGCUGCCGGCCCCAGACCUCCAAGCUGAAGGCCAUGAGGCUGCGCUGCUCGGGGGGCAUGCGGCUCACGGCCACCUACCGCUACAUCCUCUCCUGCCACUGCGAGGAGUGCAACUCCUAGGGACCGGGGGCACGGCAGACGGGGGACAAGGGGGUGCUGCUGCGGGGGAAGAGCCCCAGGAAACAACCCAAGGCACAGGAUUGCAGCGAGGACAGCACUAACCAGGCUGGAUUGAAUCUGAGAGCAGAAGUACAAAAUAUCCUGGGCUGCUGGAUGGUGCUGGUGCCGCACUGUGAGCUGUGACAAAGGCAAAAGCAUGAGGACUUGUUUUUAAGAAGCCUUUCUUUUUUUCUGAAAGGAUGUUUUUGAGAGUUUCUUCUUUUUCAGACUCAGCUCUGACUACAGAGAGGUGCUUUUACUUUGGGCCAUGGGCAGCAGAGGAACAGAGAAGAAGGUCAGCCAGAUGACAGCACUGCAGUCUGGAAAGUGACAUUUGGACAGAGGAUGGGCAUCAGUUCCCACAGACAACCUCUUAACCUAUCAAUUUAUUCUCAGUUUCCUCGUUAUACUGGCCUUCAAAGCAAUCUGUGCUGUUGGCAAGGGUCAUCUGUUACUGACCUAGUGGCCAAAUGCUGGAUAACUUUAACUGUGGUUUAGCAGAAAUUACAAAUAAACCAUUGAAAAGUGAACUGGAUAUGAAAUGCCAUGCUUGGAAUACCCAGCCUAGCUCAAACAAUUAUUUGCACCAUGUGUCAUCAGAGUUCAGUGGCUGAGCAACUCUUGGGAAGGGAAAGGUCAUGAGACUCACUAUUGCCUUCUAAAAGCCAGGAAAUGUGACACAUCACAUCUGUUGAAAAAGCCAUCAUUCAAAAGCUAAAAACUAAUCAAAUAUUAAAAUGCCACAUACUAGAUGGAGUAAUUUCUUAAUUUAAAUAGACCUGUUGAUGUACAGAACUGGAGCUACCAAAAUGAUGAUUAAACCUAGGAAUUAUUUUCAUCUAUAUUUCUUAGGCCAUUCAGCAAAUACCAUUUUGCCUUUUAAAGACAGCCAAUCCCCAAAUUCUAAAUCUCAAAACAACAGGGGAUCCAAGGUUUGGGAAUGCUAUUUGGUAUUUGCUGAGAAACUCUGUCCCUCCUCCAUCAAUGUGAGGUUUUAGGAAGGUUCAGUCACAAUCUAUUGUGACUUUAAGGGAACAACAUAACUCUUCUUAUCUCAUAUUAAAAUUCUGAUGUUCCUAAAUGUCAGCAUAUGCAGUCAGCCAGCAGCAAGUCUGUUCUGUUCACAGAAACCUGGCUGAGCCAUUGCUUUGGCAGAAGUCCAGAGGGUGUUGAGAGGAUCUUUGCUGUGCAAGGAUUUGGGAUCAGCAGCACCCGUGAGCACAGUUAUUGUCUGGGAUAGGCUGGAUUGGCUCCCAUUGACACAGCAGUGUCUGGCAGGGUCCCAUGGAAGGAGGGGAAGUCCUUUCCAAGAGCAGAGUUCAGCCAAUCUAUUCCACUCCACCCAGUUUAUUUGCAGCAGGUGCCAUGAGCAGCAGCUGGAGGAUGCACACUGCUGUGUGUGACAGGGAAUCCCCAGGGAGCUCAGUGACAGGAGUUUCUGUGGCUGCUUGGGCAAAGCCUAAUUCCUCUGCCUCCUCCUGGUGAAUGUGUGUGGGAAGUGAAUGCAGAGGUGACAGCCACUGGCCUUGCAAGCCAAACCCCAGAGUAGGAUGGCAGCUGGCAGCGGAAAGACAUGGUGAGAGCACAGACACCCUUCAGAGAGGUUUGGGGUGCAUGGGGAGAAUUCUGUCCUCUGGAGGUGACUUGGAGAUGAUCAGUUUUCAAAGACACAGAGCUGUGGGCAAACUAAAGGGUCAAUCCAACCCCCAGAAGCUGAGGGGCUCAGAUUGAAAUGUCAGAAGUGGUGGUGAUGAGCCCCAGUGAGCUCAUUAGACACCAUGUGUUGUCCCAGGACUGUCAGUCAUUCCUUUCACAUCUGAUACGUGCUCUGAACAUCAAAGGGCCAAUCCAGGGAGUGUGAGCUGGGCAUUAUCACCAGACUACUUUAUAUAAAAGAUCAUAUGUGCAUCCCUUUUCCACUCUCUUUCAACCCCCAGCAUCUAAAGAUCCCAUUAUCCAAAAAAGCACCACCCCCUACUGUUAAUUAUAUAUAGCAAAUUCCAGUCCUCCCUCAAAAUGACAGCCAUACCUUUGACAGCCAAAUAACUACACUGCAAAAUAUGCAUGACCUCUGAGUGUGCUCACAGACACUGCUGCCCACCAGCAGUACUAUGCAGCUAUCUAAGGAAGGGGAAUGUUUGAGGGAUAAUUGCUAUAUCCAGCAUCACCAGCCCCCAGGCUGUGCUGCCAGUGCAAGACAUGGGGGCUGUGACACAAAAUCUGGUGCUGCAAGUGCCUAAAAGGGUUGGAUGGGACCUGGCAGAACAGCAGGGCACUGACUGAGGUCCUCAGGUAAGAAGAGACAGCAGGGUUCAGCAGAGACCAUGCCUGAGCCAAUUUAGCAAAAAAGAGAAUAUCUGUAGUGAGAGGAGAGCUUGGCUGGUAUUUAUACCCAAACCCCCCUCACUAACACAGACCCAGAACUGUAACUGCUCAAAUCAGCCUCACAAAAGAAAUUUGUGUCUCAACAAAACCCUUUUUUCCCCUCUCCCCCCAACCUCUUCCUUCUACUUUUGCUUGGUUCCUCUGAUGAAAUCACCACCUUGUGACCUUAAAGGCUGUUUGCCAGGCAUAAAUGUCAAAGUGAAUUCAACAUUAUCUAAUUGAACUGUUGAGUCCAAUAAAUGCAUGGGAGGAGUAUAACAGAAAUUAUAAAUGGCAAAACAAAACAGUUGUAAACAUCUACAACUUGAUAUUAAAUAAUGAAUCAGACUUCCAAAUUCUUUUGGCUUUGUCAGGCAAUCUUCAUUCUGACAUUUAAGAAAAGGUGAAGCUAUUCUUCAUAACCAAAUCUCCCAAAGUCAGUUAUAAAUCCAUAUUUUGAUACUUUUUUGGUAAUUAUUUUAGGAAACUCGUUUUGAAUGAAGUACAGAUGAGCCACCUAUGUUAAAUACAGAUGGUGUAUUGAAGCAAACAAAAAUGAGGCUUCAGGUAAAAAACUACAGCAUCUAGCUAAUGGUGAGAAAGAGUCUAAAGGGUGCUUGGAGAUGAGCUGGCUUCCUGAUUUAUUGGUCAUACACCACUCUGGAUACCAAAGCUCUGUUUUUCAAGUCAGACUACUGUGUAAGUGAUUCUUAAAUUAAACAAGAGGGAGGACAAUGCCCAGCUUUCCAGAUAAUGUGGGGCUUGUUCUUUGCUGGAGAAUCCUCUUGCUGGGAUUUGAAAGAGAAGACUUUGUCCCUUUCCCCCCUCACUGCACCUCACCCUUCAGGCACCAUCUUCCCCCACAGAAAGGCUGGUUGAGCUGUGGUUUGCUCAGGAUGAGGUGAUACAGAUUUCUGACUGUCACCUCCCUAUGCUCUCCCCUCUUUUGAUGAAGUUUCUGAAAUGAGCUUGGCUUAUUUGUGAAAGUCAGCUGUCCUAGCAGUGUUGGGGUUAUGCUUCAGCUGGAUUGACUGGAUUCAGCUGGGUUGUAGUCAUGGUGUCUGUGAAAAGGGGAGAUUUCCUCAAACCCCUAAUGUGUCAUUAAUUUGUCAGUGUGCCAGGAAAGCCAAGACCCUUGGGCCAACCAGCCUGCCCGUGGUCUGCUAUGGAAACUCUUCUGAAACAGUGCUGCUGUGCCAGAGGAUGGCUUGGCUGACUUGGUCGGGGUCACUCACCAAAUACAAAAACCUCCUUCUAGGUCUCCACACAUUCACCCACUAGCAGCACCCCUGAAGGACUCA